AUGGGUGCCCUUGGCUCGACCUUGGGCCGACCAGAGGCGCGUGACGGUACCAUGAGCACCAAUGGAUUUGGGCGGCGACCCGACGACGACGCUGGAGCGAGCGGCGCGAGGAGGCAGCAGCCUUGGUGGGAUCUUGGGAGCAAUGAGCGAGAGGCGCGGGUGGGUGCGUGCGACGGGCAAGAGCGAGAAACAAACAACACGGGGUGGGCCGUGUGCGGCGAGAUGGCCGCGGCGGCAAAUGUGGAGUGGAGCAGACGGACAGCCCAUGGCUCCAUGAAGCGUGCAAUGGGCGAGGAAGUGGCUCGAACGGCGGCUCAAGCACGCUCCUCCCAUGGAACCACAGCAGCUGCGACUGCGAAUUCUGGACACCGUGUGCCUGUCGCCGCCACCGGCCCCGGCGCAGCACGCGGCCCUCCGCUCUCCGGCCUCGACGCCGACCGCAACGCGCUCGACGUCACCUUCCGCACGCUCCGCUUCUUCCCACCUCCCCCGCCGUCCAUCGACCCCCACGCGGUCCUCCCGCCCGCGUUCGAGGCCGCGCUCGGUCUCUUCCCGGCGCUCGCGGGCCGCCUCCGCGACGGCCACGUCGUGGUCGGCGCUGGCACCGUGCCCAUCGUCCUCGCGGAGUCCGGUCUGUCGGCGGCCGACGUCGACACCGACUGCCCCGGCUCGCCGCUGCUCGACCGCCUCGCGCCGCCGGGGGACGGCGACGCGGGUACCCCGGCGCUCGCGCUCCAGGCCACGCGGUUCGCGUGCGGCGGCGUCGCGCUAGGGAUGCGGGUGGCGCACGCGCUCUGCGACGGCGUGGGCGCCACCAAGUUCCUCGCCGCCGCGGCGCUGUUCGCGCGGGGGCAGGGGCCGCCGGAGGUCGCGCCGGUGUGGGAGCGGCGGGAGCUGCUGGGGCCGAGGCGCCCGCCGCGCGUCGCGACGCAGGUGUUCGACCGCGUCCUCGCGCUCGACGGUGGCGUCGCGCGGUGUGGGCCGUACGGAGCCGAGGGUGAGUGGCGCGAACAGCAGCGGCAGCUCACGAGGGAAUGCUUCCACGUGAGCGACGCGCGCGUGGAGGCGCUCAGAGCGCGGAUCGCCGACGAGGCUGGCGUCAAGCUGACGACCUUCGAGGUUGUCGCCGCGUUCAUCUGGCGCGCCAGGUAA